UACGUUUUUCUUAGGAGAGAAAUAUCCAGAUAACUUCUGCUUUGUGUCUGCAUAUUUGUCAUCUUCUGCCGCUAAUGUGUCGUAAAUAUCAUGCACUAGCGGUGUGCCGACUACCAUCCACGUGUCUGUGUUAGCUUAGCUAGCUUGGCCUAGCCGCACUCAUCCGCAUGUCCGUCGUUCUCCCCUCUUUUUUUUCUUUCUCUCUUUGAGUUCUUCCGUUUACUCUUCGUCGCCAAUGUAAUGUUUCUGUAUUGUAAUUAUAACUCAGACGAACAACGACUUGAUGCACUGCAACAGGCUUUUAUUCCGAGCUUCAUAUAUACGCUGUUCAUGCGGUCUUGCUGACUGACCGUAUAUAUCCUGUUCCGCACACCAGGUGGCGUGGUUCUACUGUGAACAUCACACCUGGGACAAAAACAAUUGCCAUGUUUUUCAGGAAUUAUCUAGAUAUAUUACGUAAUUAAAAAUGUUUUCAUGGAGAAAGAAAAAAAAACGUCUGUUUCUUUGGCUUAAGGGGAUACCCCAAAUCCUAAUAGAAGCUAUUGAUGAUUGAUUGAUUGAUUGAUUGAUGCAUGGAAGCAAACAUGUUUAGUAAAAAGGUGAUGCGGUGAAAUCCUUUCAGCGCAGUUGAGUAACAACAGCCUCUGUUACUGUCUAAAAAACAACAAUGAAUCACAUGGAUAACUCCUGACGUAUCAUGAUACCAACUUCCAUUUCCUGUUUCUUUUAACCAUUAUCUUAACGUGUAUCUCGAGGGGGCUGGCGGUGCUCUCGCGAACCUAGCAACCAUUCUGUUGCAGUAACCAUAACAACCGGUGAAGUUUGGAGCCACACCGGAGCUAACUACGCCGUUAAUUCAUCGUUGUGAACGCUAUUAAAACAGAAGUACGAUGGACGCAGAGCGAGACGACAGUGAGCAGAGUCUGCAGUCAGCGGCCUCGUUUAAGGCUCUCAUGAUGACGAGCAGCACGCAGAGCAACAUGAACCUUUAUGACCACCUCACCCAGGUGCUGAUGAAGGUGAUGGAUGAGCAUCCACACAAUGCGGUGGAUGUGAUUGAGGAUAUAAGCCACGAUGUGAAGCGGACUUUUUUUGAAGAGAAGCAAAGCACCCUGCGAGACCUUCCACAGACUACGGCUGCUGAGCUGCUGGCUGAGAAGCAGCGCCUGCUGUUUGCUGGGCCAGAAGAGGAUGACCAGGAGGAGAAACCGAUGGAAUCACCUCUCCCUAAUGUGAGUGUGAUUGGCUUCUACUGGGAGCAGGCUGGAGUAGGUCUGGGCAGAGAGGAGAUGCUGCGGGUUUUCCUCGCACUGAAGCAGCUCGUUGAGUCGCAGAAACUGCUGCGCUGCCGACUGUGGGGCAAAAUUCUGGGAACGGAGAGCAGCUAUAUUGUUGCUGAAGCCGAAUACGGAGAGGGAGAGGUAGAGAGGAGCUCUGAAGAAUCAGCUGAGGAAGAGGAGAGAGAAGCAGAGAUUGAGGAGGAUGAGGAGGAUCCACUUCCUCGGUCCACCUAUGAACCCCUUCCAGCACUGCCGGAGGAGACCCUCGGAACAGGUGCUAACAAGUGUGUUUAUUAUGUGUGCAAAGAGCCGGGUCUUCCUUGGGUAAAGCUCCCUUCAGUCAGUCCAGCACAGAUCACUGUUGCUCGCCAGAUCCGUAAAUUCUUCACUGGGAGGCUGGACAACCCAGUUGUCAGCUACCCGCCUUUCACCGGGAAUGAAGCCAACUACCUGAGAGCACAGAUUGCUCGGAUCUCUGCUGGCACACAGGUCAGCCCCGAAGGCUUCUACAAGCCUGCAGAGGAUGAAGACGAUGAGGAAGACGAGGAAGCCUUGAACAGCGUUGAAGUGAAUCCUGACUUUGAGGGCAUCUCUGUUGCUGAGUUGGCUGAGUCUUUGUCCACCUGGGUGCAUCAUGUUCAGCACAUUCUGCAGCAGGGCCGCUGUACUUUGGCGGACCUGGCUAAGAAAAUGGGAGAUGACUCCAAUGAGGAAGGAGAGGCUGAAGAGAAGGAAGAUGAUGAUGAACCUGAGCAAGUUGGACCCCCUUUGCUUACCCGCCUCUCCGAAGAUGCAGAAAAGUUCAACAUUCCUCCCUGGACCUUGAGGGUGUCCUCCACUCUCACCUUCCAGCAUGCAUUGGCUGUGAUACGUUCUAACCUUUGGCCAGGGGCAUAUGCAUACAGUUGUGGAAAGACGUUUGAGAACAUAUAUGUUGGAUGGGGUCUGAAGUAUGCAGGUGAAGGCUACAGCCCUCCUGUACCCCCGCCACCACAGAACGAAUAUCCAAGCGGACCAGAAAUCACAGAGGCCCUGGACCCAUCACUGGAGGAGGAGCUGGCACUGCAAGAAACUCUGGAGGAGGAGCGAGAUGCCGAGGAAGAGCUGGAGGACAUAGACGAUGAGGACGACGAGGAAGAUGACGAUUGAGAAAACAGUUACAUAUUUGACAUUUUUCAAGUAUUUAUUUGUAUGCCAAUGGCCAAAUAAAUCAGUUUAUUAUAAAUCAGUAUAUUCAGCAACAUGGCUUGCUAUUGUACAUUCAGGUUAAUACGUUCAACAUCUGAACAGGUCACUUGUGUAAAGAUGAGGCAAUGCUUGCGGUGGCAAUGUACCAAAAGUUUGUUAAAGGUAUCCUGUGGAAGUUUUGACCACUAUGGAACAAUAUUUUACAGAUGUUGGUUAUUUCCCUCUGACUUUAGGGAGGGGAGACUUUUAUUUUUAUCCAACUGGUUCUGCCCUAUAGCUGCAGUGCGCACCAAUGGCCAGCAGGCAGCACAUGUGAGCAAAGUAGUAAACAAAAACAUGUAGCCUAAUGUAUGUUAUGGUCAUAAUACACCCUGCAAAAGAAUAAAAAAAACACCAAAUAA